UGUGUGUUUAUUCUGGAAUAGUAUUCUAACUGUACAAUGUGUAAAACUUGUUAAGUGUCGAUAAUAAACUCGUGUUAAAUUAAGUUUUUGUGCUCAGAGUUAUUAUAGAUAUCAGUGAAGUUUUUGUUAAUUAGUAAUAAUUAUAUACUUUGCACGAGUUAUAAGGAUUUUGUUUCCAUUAUUACGGCUGUGAUGACAUUUGACUUUAGAGUUAUUUCAUAGAUACUUUCAUCGUUUGUGAUAUUAAUUAGAACGGACGUUUAGUGUUAUUCGAAUUAAUUUAAGUAGUACAAUAGAAAACUUGUGAUCCAAAUACCGUUUAGAGUGACUGUAAUAAAAAAUCGUGAGUGAUUCGUGGAGAUAGUUUUAUCAAACAAAUGCGUCUUUGUAAAAUGCGCCGUUAUGCUAGCCAUCAUAUUGAUGUGUAUGAUGAAGAUCGUGGAGUUCGGAUCUGGUCUAAUCAGCAGCGUGUCUUGUGUAGAAGGAAAACAGCUGCAGAUUAAGAAGAAGCAACACAGGCAGAGGCAAAAGCAGAGGCGAACUCGCAAACACGGUAUUUUGCACAGAGGGAUGCACGAACGUAAACAUCAGCAGGAGAGUCCGGAUUCCGACUGUAACAGUAACCACAAACUUAGCCAUGUACCAUGCUUCACCACGGGCAGUACUUAUGGGAGCAUCACGUCUUCCCAGGACUUCACCCACGACAACUCGGAUUACCAGUGGUUUUUGGACUACGGGUACCGAGAACCAGGAAAUCACCAGCAUCCAGUGAGUGUACUGUCGUCUCUAGCGAAUUCGUAUACUGGCAUCGAUAGUUUGGGAUACUACGAUGUCAUCUCCAAAAAUUUGGACGCCAAUUUGGCCGAAGCUGAUAUGGAGAGCUUUCGCACAGAGGACAUACACUCACUGCUCACUCACAUGCCCACCAUGUGCUCGGAUAUGCAAAUGCAACAGGAGCCGGAGAGAAGAGGAGAAAUGUUUGCCAGUAUUACCGGAUCAACCCUGGAUAAAAUAGACCUGGAUGUUUCUAUAGGCGCCAGAAGUAAUUCACAGUGCGAUGAUCUUUCGGCAUCGGUACGAGAUAACAUGUCCAUCACCAAGUCGGAGCUUCUGUUCUCGCCCGUCAAAGAGACGCCGAUACUGGACGUCAACUUCAGCGUGGAUUCCCUGGACAUGCUUUCCGAGCAGGAUCUGAUAUUGACUUGUCAGGCCAAUAAGAAUAACUACACCAUCGCAUUUGAAGGCAGCAUGACCAUGUAUUCGGAGGAGAGCGAAUAUUCCGAAUUGGAAAAAGAAAAUUCGGUGAAGAAACAGAACGUAAGCAAGACAACAAAUUCUGUAUGCUCCUCAAUGGGUUCGGAAUUGGGCUACACCACCUGGAGUCAACUGAAAAAGCGAUCCAGUGAGAUGCUGCUUUUGAGACAUCACAAUAUGUCUUGUGACGAUACGUCAUUGGGAAAUAAUCAUAGCAUGAUAAAUGUACAUAAAAGUCGGAGUAUGCCAAAUUUAACUGAGGGCGGUUGCAGUUCCAUUGUGAGGAAGCGUUCGCGAAGAAAUAUAGCCAAGGCUAGGAACCUAUUUUUAAAUUCGAAAUUGCCACUACACACUCGCGAUUCAAAAUUAUUCAACGCUUCUGGAUCACUUUCUUCCGACAUGGGCGGUUCGAAUAACACAACGGGAGGUGGACAAAAUGUCUUGAACAAACCGAAUCAUUAUUUUAACCUGGUUCAACUGUUUAUGAAACAAAGGAGUAUCAGCAACGAACGCAUGAGCAUCUGCAUGGACCAAUCUUCAGAAUGUUGGGGAGCGAGCAAUUCAGAAGGCGACAGCGGCGAAUCCUAUGCCAAUGAGAAUGCUUACAGGCAGAAUUCACCAGAUGUUAAAAUUUUGAAUACUAACAAUAGAUUGAUCUCGAUCCAAAACAAUACCAACAAUGUAGGGGAUACAGAACUGAAAACUUUGAGCAAGAAUACGGCGGUGAAAUCAAUUUUCAACGAGAAUAAUCUAACUCAAACCAAUUGUAAAGAAUCCAAACACUUGUUUAAUGUGAAUAAUAACAAUAGUUUCGAGCACAUAGUUUGUAAUAAUCAUAAAAACCGUUUUGGGAGAUUGUACAAUGCGAGUGGCAGUGUUUCCUCCAACGGCAGUGUUAGUGUGUUGAGCUGCAGCUCAUCAGAAGGUACGCAGAAUACCAAAAUUCCGCAAAUCAACUGUUUGUCGAAAAUUACGAAUAGGACCCAUUGUCAAGCGGCGGCGGCCAUAGAUUGUAGUGUACAAACUUCUUUUCUAGCGAAUUCGUUACGUAGACAUUGUGAUAAAUCUAGUCAAAUAAGUGAUUUUAUGAAAGUGAUUGAGCCAUCGUUCUUGUCUAAACUCAAAAACAACGACAAGCAGAUACCGAUAUACGUAAUUUAUCCCAGCUACACGUUGCCCAACUUGAACUUCCUGCAUACGAACAGUGAUUGUAGCAAAAUGCUGCUAUACCCAUUGAAAUACAAAAAGUUCAGUCAGGCUGACAAAAAUGUAAGUUUUGCACACCGUCGGCCACUAUCCUGCAAUGAUGUUGAGGCUCUUCGUAAAACAGGCUUUGGACAUAUAAGGGAUUGGGAUUCCCUAACCAUGCUCUUGCCUUGUGAAUACCGGAAAAUUUUAGUUGACAUCCCGGAAUUAUCAGAACACAUGAAGGACAAGAAAGAAGAUUUCCUAAAGGCUGAAGAAAAACCGUUGUUUUGUGUAUCACCCCCUGCAAGGCACAAACAGAGGCCUUUGAGCUGCGAUGGAAAUGUUUUAACGGGAAAUCACAUUACAAAUGUAUCUUCUAGUUCUAGUACUGCUACUCAACCUUCAUCUGGAUACAGAGGAUCAUCCACUAUCUUAACAGAUUCAUCUUCACAAAAUAGUCCUUCCUGUAAUACUAAUGUCAACCCAUCAUUUGCUUAUCACUAUGAUAAUUCUAGCACCGAAGCAAUGCACGAGCAUCACAGACAUAUAUCAGGGAUACAUGAAAACAUGCCUGAUAUAUCAGAAGCUUCUCCUCCCAGGCCACCUUUACCAAGGGGUCUAAACCGCACUUCUAGUAAUACCAAAUACCCAUCAAUAAUUCAAAAAAGAUUUAGUGCUUGUGACGUUAUACCGGACAAUAUAGAAUGCAGCAAUAUGGAUAAGGCGUCCAAAAGAAUUUCAUUGGAUGAUCCAUACCAGCUGCUCAAACAGUAUCAAGAAAAUACCAAAGAAUCGAAAUGCAAUAACUCAAUUAUCACAAAUGCGAGGAGACAGAAAAAGUAUGCUGAAAGUCUCAAUUAUCUGCAAUACCUCGCAAUGAACAAUAAAAAUGAGUGCUACAAAGAUGAUUCAGUGGAACUGAAAACUAAUAAUGCUGAAAACGAUCUGAAUAAUUUAACCAAGAAAACGUUUGCUCAUUUGAAAUCGAAUGAUUUGACUGUAAAUCAAAUUAAAGGCAGUCAUCUUGAAACGCCUCCCAAUUCACCAAAUGUUUCUGCAAUUGUUAAUCGCUUAUCUUAUGCUAAGAAUGGACGUGUCGUAAGUGGUAAUAAGGACACAAAUGCACCAGCCGAUAAUCAAUCAGAAAAACCGUUAUCAGGAAUCAACAAAAAGCUUGUGCUAGUGUCGACUGUGACAAAUGCAGUGGAAAAAAUAAUACAACACUUUUCAACUGCUACAAAUGAAACCGAGUUAAAAGUUUUGGGUGAUUCAUCUCUUACACCGGCUUGCAGAAAUUUAAUUCUCCUGACAUUUUGUCCAGCUUUGUUUGCAUUGUUUUCUGACGGACUGAAACCUAAUAUUGAAACUUCUUUUGGAAAUGUGAGCAAUACUGUUUGGCAUGUUGUGGAGGCAUCAGCACAAUUAGGUCCAGUAACACAAUCUUUGAGUGAGCUUGUUAUGGCAAUAAACGUUAGUGGCAUCACAGACAUUCUGGAUAAAUUUAAUGCAUUUGUUUUUGGAUUAUUAAAUGUGCACUCCCUGGAUGGAUGGGUAGCCUACAUCAAGACUCGCGAAUCUGUGUUAAAGAAGCAUUAUUCAGAACAUUCUUUCAUGUUAUUAGACUCCGCUGGUGGAAAUUCUCAUCGAUCAUUAUUUGACACCUUAUUGGCAUCAUUAGAACCAUUAUCUAUCCUACCAUUCAACCUACAAGCUUUGGUCCAUAAUACAAAUAGAAUGAAAACAGCUGACAAGAAAUUAUUAGAAGACUUAGAGAAUGAAACGAGGCGCGUUCCAGAAAGACUAUCCUUACAGAGGCCCAUGAGUACCAUCGAUACAAGUUUUAUAAUGGAACAUGAGGAUAACUCAAGGAAACGUUGGUCUGAUGUUCCACCAAGCUAUUUUAAGCAUAAUGCAUACGAUCAUUUGAUAAGCGAUGUUGAAUAUUGUGAUAGCUUGGAGAAUGAUAACACAGUUAAAGAAAAUACGUCGGAAGAAAAUGAUAAUAAAGGUGUGAAAUUCCGUACCUUACAGCAGAAAUGGGAAGCAAUGGCAGGGCACGAGCAAGUUAAUACUCAACCCCCUGCAGUGCACACGAAAUCUAAGAUCCCCAGGCCAGUGACUUCACCGAUUAAACCAGAAUCCAAUGCUAUUUCACCUUCUAUUCAGAAGCCCAAGAGGUCGAUACCAGUUCCCAUCAGAAAGAGUCCAAGCGGAACAACUAACGGAAUUGCUUCAAAGAAACCGGGAAGCGUGGUAGCCAAACCAGUUGUUACGACUAGACCAAAUACAGCAAACAGCAGGACAAGCAGAGUUGAUAUGAAAGUUGAACCGAAGCAUUCAGUUCGCCCAACAAGUUUGCCAUACAAAUCUUCGAAUAAUGAAUUGAAGGAUAUUUCAAAGCCAUCAAUAUCAAGGCGGACUGCUUCGAGUUCUCAGCUUAGGUCAAAUAAAACCAAAACUAAUAAGAAAAAUAGGACUUGCAAGACAACGUGCCACCGAAUGACUUCUGAUGCUGGUCAUCUGUCGUUCAACGAAGGCGAAACCCUACAACUGAUCCUGGAAGUUGACGCUAAAUGGUUGCUUUGCUGCCGGGUAGAGCAGAAAGGUCUCGUACCCAGGGCAUCUGUCAUCAUUUUAUCAGAUACUAGUCAUAGAUAGUGUGUAAAUUAAAUUAAUAUAAAUCU